AUGGACUUCACCACCGUCCCAGUCCUUGAUCUCUCACUCGCCGGCUCACUCACCAGAACCGAACCACAAUUUCUGCCGGAGUUGCGAAACGCCCUAUCGGUGCAGCGGAAUGCUAUCCAACAAGCAGCGGAAUUCUUCGAUCUGUCAUUGGAUAAGAAGCUCGAGAUGGAAACCGUGAAAAGCAAGCACUUCCUCGGCUAUAACAUAAUGGCCAGUGAGAAGACUGCCGCUGAGAUUGAUUACAAUGAAUCAAUAGCGCUUGCUCCAGACCAUCCAGUCCCGGACCCCAAUGACCCGGUGUAUCUCAAUGUGCAAGGACCCAAUCAAUGGCCAGAUGAAGCUGCAGUCCCGAAAUUCCGCAACGUAUUCGAGACCUAUCUCUCAGUAGUACAACUCUUGGCUGCCAAUUUCACCAGCCUCAUUGCGAAAGCUCUGAACCUGGAACCAAAUGCCCUCACUCGCUUCCUCCAUUCCUCUCUUUCAGCACCCUAA